UUCCGGGCGGUUUUCAGUGAACAGUUGGGUACGGUCAGUCAGUGGUUACGGGUCGACAUGUUGGCGACGUUUUAGUGAGUGGUGAGCGCGGUAGAUCUGACGCGUGAUUUUUCAUGCGUUUUUAUCGCGUGUUCGAUACCAGAGGUGUUUCUCGUUCGCGACGCUACAUGUGAAGUGUCGAGUGUGACUAGCCUGCUGCUCGUGCCUGGUUUACCCAGCCCAGCAAACAUGAGCUGGGGUAUAGAACUCUGGGACCAGUUUGAGAAUCUAUCCCUUCACACGCAAAAAGGGAUAGAGUUCCUCGAAAGAUAUGGCCACUUUAUUCGCGACCGAUGCGCCAUCGAAGUGGAGUACGCUGCGAAGCUCAGACGUCUCGUGAAGAGCUAUCAACCCAAGAAGAAGGAGGAGGAGGAUUAUCAGUACAGCCCUUGCCGGGCGUUCAAGAUGGAAUUGAACGAGGUGAACGAUCAGGCGGGACAGAGGGAAGUAAUCGCGGAGAACCUGCAAGGGAACGUGCUGAGAGAGUUGAACAUCCUCGUGAAAGACUUCAAGGAGGAUCGGAAGAAGUAUCUUCAAGAGGGCGCCAGAUUGAUGACGACCCUGACCGGUCAGAUCGGGAAUCUGGAGCGCGCCAGGAAGGCGUACGAGAAGGCUUUCCGCGAGGCGGAAAGGUCCGUUGAGAAUUAUCAGAGGGCGGACGCGGAUUAUAAUCUCUCGAGGGCGGAAGUCGAGAAACAGAGGAUGAACAUGACGUUGAAGACCCAACAAAGCGAGGAGGCGAAGACAGAGUACGCGAACCAGUUGCAGAAAACAAACGACAUGCAGACGCUGCAUUAUCACACGGCCAUGCCAUACGUCUUUCAGCACCUUCAGGAGCUGGACGAAAAACGGAUAAAGAAUAUGCGAAACUAUAUGCUUAAAUCGGUGGAGAUCGAGCGAGCGGUGGCUCCGAUAAUCGCCCAGUGUUUGGACGGCAUCGAGAAAGCCGCGAACGAGAUCAACGAAAAAGAAGAUACAGUUAUGGUGAUUGAACGUUACAAGAGCGGUUUCCAACCGCCGGGCGAUUUCCCGUUCGAGGACCUCUCCGUUGCUAAAACGUACGACAGCAAUAGUCAGCUGUCGCAGCCCGUGAUGCAACCGAUACACAAUCACCAUUUGACCGCGAAGGGUACCGUUUCCGGUGGCAAGAUCAAGAAGAGGGUCGGCAUUUUCGGCAUAUUCAGCAGCAACAAGAAGUUGAUCGAGGUGUGCAUAGCUUUAAAGAAUAACGUGCCCGGAUAUGGCGACGGCGCGAAGGAGGACUGCAGCGAUCUACCGCCGAACCAACGGAAAAAGAGAUUGCAACAAAGGCUCGACGAGAUUCAGGCAAAAAUUCAACAGGAAACAGCGGCGAGGGACGGUUUGAUGAAGAUGAAGGGCGUGUACGAACAGAAUCCUGCGUUAGGCGAUCCGAUGAGUAUAGAGGGACAGUUGAAUCAAUCGAGCAACAAGCUGGACAAGCUCGGCGCAGAGUUGGCAAAGUUCCAAGGUUAUCUCGAAGAAGCGAUGCGCGCUGGCGUCAGUUUAUCCAGUCCGAGUCAAGCACCGCGAAAGCCGACCAGCAACGGGUCCGCAACGAGGCCGCUGAGCUCGAGAAGAUCCAGUCAUUCGGGAGGCGAGGAAAGUCUCUCGAGAUCAGCCUCCGAUUCCAGCGUGAGCAACGUAAACGCUAAUCAGCCGAUGAACAAGAAAAGUGCUCCGAGCACGCCGCAACCCACGCACGGUUCCACGAAUAGCCCGGAAUCUGGCCUCGGGGAAUCGAGGACGUCUCUUCCUGGUAGCGGCGGCGAAGAGUAUUACGUCGACGAAAUUGACGCUCAACCGCCAUUGGGGACCUGUAGGGCACUUUAUCCUUUCGAUGCGACGAGCGAAGGUUCCAUACCGAUGUACGACGGAGAAGAGUUAUACAUGAUCGAAUUGGAUCAAGGGGACGGCUGGACUCGUGUCCGACGCAUUUCUCAACCAAUCGAGGGCUUUGUGCCUACGUCAUACAUAGAGUGUCACCUUUAUAACACUUAGCCACUUCUCUUAGAAUGUGUAAACGAUCACGAAGUGGAAAGCUUCGAAGAGGAUGGACAUUGAUAAUGCUAUCGGUUCAAUACGGUACAUUGGACGAUCGAAGAUAGCAAUGAGAUUUCACCAAUCGAGGGUUAUGUGUUGGUUGAUUGGCACAGGAUUUCGGGACACUCCGUUGAUAAAUCGUGGGCCUAAACGUUAACGGACGAUUUCAUGCGAACGAAAUUGAAUAUAUAUAUAUUAUGUGCCAACGGGUCUGACUUUUUGGUGAGGUACUCGUCGUUUAGUCAAUUACGUCCAACACACUUCCCUCAGUUUUCCAUCGGCUUAUCGAACGUGGAUGAACAAAGGGAGGCUCUGUGUUCCGGAACCUAGGUUCCGUUAAGCAAAUGAUCGCGUACUUGAAUUCAAUUAAUUCUUCAUAGGAUAUUAAGAUCGUACGAUUAUUUAGAAUGACGUUGCAUCCAACCGUUGAAAGGGUUUGAUCAUACGCAUUCGAUGUUGCUGAACUACGGUACAGUCUUUUUCUAUUUAAAAAAAAAAAGAAAAAAAAAGCACGCCCUGAUCACUUCAUGGCCCCGAACAUGUGCCUCUAUAUUAUAGUCGUGCACAAACGAAUAAUUUGCAGCUCUACUAAAGAAAGUGACUAGUUUUCAUGUAUGCAAUACGCGUCCCGCCUAUACGUCACAUUAAAAAAAUUGUGAUUAUUGUAAAUGCACGAGUUUUAUCUACCAUAUUUUUUUUUCCUUUUUUUAAUUGAGUCGAUCGUGAAACAGAAAACUCAUAAAGUAAUUAUUCUAUCAUCGUCAAAGGUUGAGGAACCGAUGUGUCUCUUAAUGCUUUUCAUUUUUUUUUUACUUAAACGAAUAUAUACGACGAUUUGUUGCCUCUGUCGAUGAUAGGAAAGUGAUGCUGCUACUUCGCGAUUACUUCGAGUCGUUAUUGUUUUUUAUCGUAUUAGUUUGUUGAUCGACGUCUUCGUUGUAGACACAAAAAGAAGGUGAUUAGGUGGUGCUCUGUACAGCAAGUAGAUUCCGAGGGUUCGUCGGCCAAGUUUUGUUUCUACGGAUGCUGCCUGGAUGUGAAAUUAGUUAGGAUAUAUUUGUGUACAUAUUGCAAGGGAUAUGGGAGGAAGAACUGGAGCGAGUGGUACGUAUGCGAGUGCCAGAUUCGAUGUAUCGCGCGAAGAGACGAAUUUGCUUCCAUUUCGCGUGGACACGUGCGAAACAGUGGCGUUGGCUUUUUUUUUUUCUUUAAACGCUUCUGUUUCCACGCAUUUGGGGGGAAAGUCUCUAACUUCGCCGUUACAAAGCCUAGAUUCGUCCUAGAUUCGAUUGCGAUGUAUCGAAAUCGUGUAGUCGUAUAUAUAUAUAUAUAUAUCCUCGCGUACUAAAAAUAUGUAUAUGUAUAUAAUUAUAUAUAAUAUUAUAAUCACUCAUUAAAAGAAAUGUAGCUUCGGUAUAUAAGAUACGCAAGUGAAACGAGAGAGAUCGGUGACCCUCUCCUCUGCCAGUUCAUUCGCUGUAAUUUCUUUAUGCGAAUGACGUAUACAAUUUUAUCGUUAAUAAGUCUUACCGCGUUUCGAACAGUCAUACCAACGUGCGCAUUUGCGGGUUCGUAACCCACGAGACGACUUUCUUUUUAUUUAUCGUUAGUCGCGAAAGCAUCGAGGAAGCCCGAAAAACGCAAGAGUCGAUAACGAAUUUGUACGCGGUCAACGACUUCGACGGAAAGUCAACCGAGAAAUGCUUUUCGCUCGUACAAACCGUUCCCUAACAUAGAUCGUCUAUCACUUUUUCGAGAGUGAAACUAGGAUCGCCAGAUAACGAUAGAAGAAACAAACAAAAAAAAACUGAGGAAAGAAAGUCCGUAUGUCUACCUUAAUUCUUAACAUUAAACCGCGUCCAUUCUAUGUAUAUUUUGUGAUUUUAUAUCCAUGAACAAGUAUUGUAGAUAAUUAACUCUGUGACUCAUUAUACGUUUAAUUAUUAAUUAUUAUUAAUAUUGAAAAAAUAUAGGUACUAAACCAA